CGCAGUGUAUCGCCGUCCGUCGCCGGCGCAGUUACGAAAUACAUAAAAUAUCAGUCGAGAAUUAAAAUAGAAACGUUUUAAAUUUUGUUGAUUCUCGUAUCGCGUCCGUUUCUAACGUUCGUCCUGUAGUUUAUUUAUUUUUCGUUUUCUUUUUAAUUUAUUUAACGGAACCAUGAGAGAAUUGAACGGCGCGUCCUGUGAGAAGCCGCUGGGCAGGCGCGUCGCAGUGCCCGUCAUCCACGUCAGCGGGACACAUUACGAAGUCGGAUAUGAUGUCGGCCGUACGUUCUCGUCGAUCAUCAAGAGCUUCAUCGCGACAUAUGAGAACCUGCGCGACUUCGAGAAAGUGUACGCCACAGACACUGGCAGGAAGGCUUACGACACAACACUGGCAAAUAUGAAGAAGAAGUACCCAUACUACGUCAAGGAGAUGCAGGGAGUCGCUGACGGAGCCAACGUGAACUUCACGCAGCUGUUCCUGCUGCAGAUGGAUGACCUGAUCGGCAACGUAAACGACAACCACAUCCCCAGGAAUGACACCGGCGGCUGCAGCUCCAUCGCGUUCAAGAACUCGCAGACUACGUUGCUGGGCCACACAGAGGAUGCCUUCCACGAGACAUUGAACCACUUCUACAUCAUGAAUGCUCACAUCAAACCUUCGCCGGAGGACGUCAAAGCUGGAGCGGUAGAGGAACGGUUUGCGUCCCUGUGUUACGCGGGCCACAUGCCCGGGUACACCAUGGGCUACAACGAGAACGGGCUGGUCUUCUCCAUCAACACCCUUAGCCCUCUCAUCCUGAAGUACGGCAACACACCCAGGACAUUCAUCACCCGCGCCAUGCUGGCAGCCAAGAACUUCGAGGAAGCUGAGCACAUCCUGCUGGAUCAGGGGCUGGGCAUAGGUAACGGGUUCUCAGUGAACAUGAUCUGGACCAACAACUGGGGCGACCGGCAGAUAUACAACGUCGAGGUGUCUCCCGACCUGAAGGCAGACCGCUCGCACCUCAACGUGCAGAAGUAUGACAAGGAACCGCUAGUGCACACCAACAAAUACCAACGUACCAACUUGACGGAGGUGACCGGCCGCAUCAUAGACAGCAGUGUGGCGCGCCUGAGGGUGAUCCACAGCUACCCCAAGCCACAAACUCGCAAGGAGCUGGCGGAGAUCAUCUCCGACACCAGUGAUAAGGAGUUCCGCCUAUUCCAGGAUCAUCCUGAUGACAUCAUCAUGACUAUCGCAGCAGGUAUUUUCGACCUAGACAAGCGGACAUGGAGCAUCUACAUCAACAAGCCAAAGUGCUCGGAGCCGGUCGCUGUGCUGCCUAUCACCUUCUCUGCUUUAGACUACUAGACCAGCGGUCCAACACGUGAUAUUCAAUAAGGUCCACUAUACAAUAACCCAGAGGCGGGUAAACUUAGAGAGCACCCCAGGCGCUUGCCUAGCUGCUGUGCUUAUAUCAUAGGCGUCGCUAUUUAUUUUUUGGCUCCACCACCAACCUGGCACCCUAGGUAGCUGCCUAGUUUGCCUUAGGGAUAACACUGCUCUGCAAUAACCUUGAUACAUGAACAAAAUACAAAAAAUAGUGGACCGUUAAUUAAGUAUCAGUAUAUCUCCCUCGUAGACAAUUGUGUGAUGAUGUAGCAUAGAGAUUAUUUAGGAAUACUUAAUUGUUCUUGCUAGCGUAGUUUAGAGACAACGUUGAGUUGAGACAACGUAAGUGUUGUAACAGUGUAGAUAUGUUCAGACUACCGACAGUCACGCCAUUCCUAUGUUCAGUAUUUGAGUUUAAAUAUUUAGUACAAUGUAAGCAUCUAAUGGGAAUAUCAGCACCUGGAGUAUAACUAAAGUAGUUCCACUGUCCGUCCGUUGAUAUUACUUGUAUAAUAUAAAUAAUAUUAAUGUUUGAGUACAUGCGUACUAAUAGAACAAUGUGUGAUAUAGUUAGACAGCUAGAUUUUCCUGCAAACAUAUAAAUAUAGAUACUUGCCCAUCUUGCGAAUUCCACUGUGAGUUACUAAGUUAAAUGUAAGAUAAUUUUAUUUUAUUUAAGCAACGUGCAGGCCAUAGAUAUAGACAAGUAGAUUACUAGACCAAUACCGCGCCAUGCGUUAUCUUCAUUGUUAAAAGUUGGUGCAGUUGCUACCAACCCGCCAACCGUAUGUAUGUAUCAUGUUGUUAUUCAUGUAUGUUUCUAUAUUUCGGAAAUAAGGGUUGUCUUACCUGCCUAGGUUCAAUAAUGACCGCCAUGAAAUAGGAAUAAAAUAGACCAUUUAGGUAUUUAUAGUUAAUUUUAUUUAUUUACUUCGACGUCUAUACAAUAGUUGUGUGGUGUUAAUAAACAAGUUAUCUGAUGCAAA